ACUGUAUCGUUGCCGUGCUGUCUGGUCUCCAUUAAUAAUUUUUUUCCCGUCUCCUCCUCGCCUCGUCUCUUCCUCCUCGAGCGGCUAGCCGCCUCCUCUGCCUCUCCUCCGUCAGCUCCGACCACCACGACGCUGCGAGCGAGCUGGGGUUUGGCUUCCCGUGCCGAUCGAGCGCGGUGGCUCGGUGGGUUCGGUCGCCGCGGCGGGGGUGUCUCGGUUCGGCUCGGCUCGGCGUCCGGUUCGAUCCGAAUUGGCUCAGUCACGAGUGGUCUCUCAUGAGCUUCUGGGAGUGAUGCUCUAUUGCUAUAAGUUUUUUUCCGGAUGUUGUUCAUGUACUGGAUUUACCCUUAGAAGACUGAGAUGCAGAAUUCUGACCAUCACGAGCAGAAUCUUACUUCACCAAGAGGCCUAAUCCAUAAAUUGCUUCGUCGUACAAAUAGCAGGCGUUCUCCCACUGCAGCGGAGCAACAACCUUCUCCUGUAUUUCCAGAAACAAGCAACUCAAUAUUUUUAAAGCAAAAGGAUGCUGAUGAUACCAUCAAGAAUCCAGAAAAGGCAAGCACACAUAGUAUCAGAAACGAAGAUGAGAAGUCUGAUUUGUUAGGAUACGAGAUUUAUUCUGGGAAGCUUACAUUAGAUAACAAAUCUAGAAGUGCUUCAAGUGAACUGUCUGAACCCGGGUCUAGUAUCAACUGCUUUGAUGUUAGGCUCAGCACUGAAGCCCUUAUAUGGGGUUCUAACAUCCUUAAACUUGAGGACAUUAUAUCUGUAUCAUAUAAUUCUGGUCUCCGGCAUUUCAUUGUGCAUGCAUGCCCUGUUGAAAAAAGAUCCAGUGGACUUUCCUGCUUUAUGAAGCCUCGAAGAACCCAAAAGGAUUUACGGUUCCUAUCCACUUCUCCACAUGAAGCCUUUCGGUGGGUUAAUGGUUUUGCAGAUCAGCAAUGCUAUGUAAACCUGUUGCCUCACCCCAUGGCGUCUAGCAAGAAGCAUUCUUCUGAACUCAUUCCAUUUGAUGCCAUAUUUGAUCCUUAUGUUAAAUGUCGGUCUCCACCAAAGAUACUUGUCAUCUUGAAUCCUCGAUCUGGACAUGGUAGAUCUAGCAAAGUUUUCCAUGGGAAAGUGGAACCCAUAUUUAAGCUUGCAGGUUUCAAGAUGGACGUGGUUAAAACAACACAUGCUGGUCAUGCAAAAUCUCUUGUAUCAACUAUUGAUUUUAGUACCUGUCCAGAUGGCAUUGUAUGUGUGGGUGGCGAUGGAAUUGUAAAUGAGGUUCUCAACGGUCUUCUGUGCAGAGAUGAUCAAAAUGUGGCUGUCUCCAUUCCAAUCGGUAUAAUACCUGCUGGGUCUGAUAACUCACUUGUUUGGACAGUCUUGGGUGUUAAGGAUCCAAUUUCUGCAGCAUUGUCGAUUGUCAGGGGAGGUCUUACACCUAUUGAUGUUUUUGCUGUUGAAUGGAUUCAAAGUGGGACUGUCCAUUUUGGCACAACCGUCUCAUAUUUUGGUUUCGUUAGCGAUGUUCUUGAACUCUCAGAGAAAUAUCAGAAGCGCUGUGGUCCUCUCCGUUACUUCGUAGCUGGUUUUCUUAAAUUCCUGUGUUUGCCAAAGUACAGCUUUGAAUUGGAGUAUCUUCCAAUGUCAGAUGUAGAUGGUGCUGAGCAUAAAAUCGUGGAUGAACAAGAAAAGGCUGAUGCGUCAGAUCUCUAUGAUGAUGUAGCUCGAAGAUCUAGAGCAGAAUGUUUACCACGUGCCUCAAGUUUAUCUAGCAUUGAUUCAAUCAUGUCUGCAGGCAUAAUGUCUGGGGGAGAGCUGGAGCUUUGUAGUCCACACGCAAAUAACGAACCCUCCGAACUUGUUCGUGCGCUUGACUCGAAAUCAAAACGCCUAUCAUUAGGGAGAGCAAGUACUUUGGAAGAACCAGAAGAGGUGCUCCAUCCUCAGGCUCAUGUUUCAUCUAUUCCCAGCUGGUGUAGAUCCAAAUCAAAAUCAAGGACAGAAAAGGCAUGGCCAAGCUUGACUGCUACAAAUGAUACAAAAUCUUCUAGGGGUAACACAAUACAUGACAAAGAGGACACAUCGUCCACAGUUUCAGAUCCUGGACCUGCGUGGGAUUCAGGACCGAAGUGGGACGCAGAACCUAAAUGGGAUAAUCAACCUAACUGGGAACCUGAGACUCCAAUUGAGCUACAUAGUCCUUCAGAGGACAUUGAGCUCGGUCUGACUAAGGAGCUAGUACCAAGCUUAGAUGAAAGAUGGAUAGUUAGGAAAGGGCGCUAUCUUGGUGUACUGGUAUGCAACCAUUCAUGCAAGACUGUGCAGAGUUUGAGCUCUCAGGUUGUUGCUCCCAAGGCUGAAUAUGAUGACAAUUGUUUGGACCUGCUGUUGGUUGGUGGAAGUGGGAGACUGAGAUUACUGAGAUUUUUGUUGCUUUUACAGUUUGGAAAGCAUAUAUCUCUUCCACAUGUAGAAUAUGUGAAGGUAAAAUCUGUGAGGCUGAAGGCUGGCCCAAAUACACAUGACGGAUGUGGUAUUGAUGGUGAACUACUCCAUGUCAAGGGACAAGUUCACUGUAGUUUGCUGCCUCAACAAUGUCGAUUGAUCGGCAGGCCAGCCAAAAAACCUGUACAGUAGCUGUAAAUACAUUAUUCUACUGUGUGCCCAGAAUCUUGCACCUGUACAAGCGGUGAACUGUGGAAUUUUCGUCUGCAUCCAGCCAUCCACACAUCCAUAAUCAGUCAGAAGUCAGAACAGCCUUGCUGACACUCACCUUCUGCUUUCUGCGUCGGGUGUGUGAUAUUUAUCCAGAUGUAAAGCUAAAGCCUACGUCGACAGCAGCAUGUUGUGCACCUCUUGGUUUCACCUUUUCUUUUGUCCAUAUCUAAUACAUCUACUAUAGAGCCACACUGGUCAGUGUGCUUUGGGUCCAGAACAUAGUGCACACCCCGGGUAUGUGCGGUUGUUUGGAGGUCACUGAUGCCAGCCACUUGAUGCUCAUUAGUCAUUACCCCCAUAAAAGGGACAACACCACAAUGCUGUGUCCUUGAUCAACUUGUAGUGUCAGCGAAGUGCGAAUAAGACUAUAUUGCCCUGUUGGAUUCCCGGUGCAGUGUAGGAUUUCAACAGAAAAGGACGGACGAUAUUUGUGGCAGUCGUGCCUCUUUCAUGAGUGUAACUCUUGUUCCUUGUGAUGUAUGAGUUGUAAAUUGCAAACUUGUCAGCCAUACGAGUUGGAAUUUCUGAGAUGUUUUGUUCUCUGUUGGGGAAUAAGCAGCAUAGUUUCGAGGGGGCCUCCUU